AUGCAUCCCCAAAACGGCACCGCGCACGCUGCGCCACGCGACGCGAGUGGUAGCGGUGGCGCCAGCCACGGCCCCUCGGCAUGGGGCCGCGGCGCGGGCGCCGCCCAGCUCGGGGCGCAUGUCGCAUGCGACAGCAUGCGCGGCCGCCGCCCUCUGUGGCUGGAUCACGGCGGCAUGCGGCGCGCCAUGCGGCGCGCCACCCAAAUUUUCACACGGCCACAGCGGCGCACCUUAUCGGCGAGGUCCUCGCUGCUGUCGUGGCAGCAGCAGUCCGUGCAAUCGCACUCGCACAGGAACAGCAGCUUCGACGAAUUGGUGGGGUCGAGGUACGCCGACUGCUUGCAGCAGCAGGGGGAGGCGCCGGAGCAGCAGCAUUUGCGCGCGAUGCCGCCGCUGGCCGCGCCGCCCCCGCCGCCGCCCCACGAUGGAGGCGGGACCACUGCCGCCGCUGCCAUCGAAUGCAAAAGCUAG